CCGGCCUGCCGCCUGACUCCCCCGCGUCGGCCGCCGAGCUGGCGUCGUACGAGAGAGAGGCGCACCUCCUCCAUGGCGGCGAGUCCAAGAUGAACGGCGUGGUGGACCACCACCAGCAGCAGCACCACCAACACCACCACCAGCAGCACUUGCAGCAGCAGCAGCAGCUGCACCAGCAGUUCGGCAUCAGCAUGCAGACACCGCCCACGCCGCUGGCCGCGCCUCGACUGAUCGUCGUCUGUCUGCCCGCGUUCCUGGCGCGGCCCAAGGAGCAGCGGCUGACGCGCGACGCCAUGCAGCGCUACCUCCGCGAGCGCAUGGACCUGACGCUGGUGGUGCUGCACGCCAAGGUGGCCCAGAAGUCGUACGGCAACGAGAAGCGGUUCUUCUGCCCGCCGCCGUGCCUGUACCUGGUGGGCCAGGGCUGGCGGCGGCGGCAGGAGGCCCUGCUACGACAGGGCGAGUCCGAGCAGGGCGCGCAGCUGUGUGCCUUCAUGGGCAUCGGCGGCGCGGACCAGGACAUGCAGCAGCUCGACCUGGCCGGCAAGCAAUACUGCGCGGCGAAGACGCUGUUCAUCUCCGACUCGGACAAGCGGAAGCACUUCAUGCUGACCGUCAAGAUGUUCUUCGGCAACGGCCACGACAUCGGCGUCUUCCACUCCAAGCGGAUAAAAGUCAUCAGCAAGCCUUCCAAAAAGAAGCAGUCGCUCAAAAACGCAGACCUGUGUAUUGCCAGCGGCACCAAGGUGGCGCUGUUCAACAGGCUGCGGUCGCAGACGGUCAGCACGCGGUACCUCCACGUCGACGGCGGCAACUUCCACGCCAGCUCCACGCAGUGGGGCGCCUUCACCAUCCACCUCCUGGACGACAACGAGUCCGAGUCCGAGGAGUUCUCGGUGCGGGACGGCUACAUCCACUACGGGUCCACGGUGAAGCUGGUGUGCUCGGUGACGGGCAUGGCGCUGCCCAGGCUCGUGAUCCGGAAGGUGGACAAGCAGAUGGCGCUGCUGGACGCCGACGACCCCGUCAGCCAGCUGCACAAGUGCGCCUUCUACAUGAAGGACACCGAGCGGAUGUACCUGUGCCUGUCGCAGGAGCGGAUCAUCCAGUUCCAGGCGACGCCGUGCCCCAAGGAGCCCAACAAGGAGAUGGUGAACGACGGCGCGUCCUGGACCAUCAUCAGCACGGACAAGGCCGAGUACCAGUUCUUCGAGGGCAUGGGCCCCGUGCGCGCGCCGGUCACGCCCGUGCCCGUCGUCCACAGCCUGCACCUGAACGGUGGCGGCGACGUGGCCAUGCUGGAGCUGACGGGGGAGAACCUGUCGCCGUCACUGCGGGUGUGGUUCGGCGACGUGGAGGCCGACACCAUGUACCGGUGCCAGGAGAGCUUGCUGUGCGUCGUGCCCGAGAUCUCCGCCUUCAGGGGCGAGUGGGGGUGGGGGCGGCAGCCGUCGCAGCCAGUGCAGGUGCCCGUGUCGCUGGUGCGCAGCGACGGCAUCAUCUACGCCACGGGGCUCACCUUCACGUACACGCCCGAGCCCAACCCGGGGACGCGGACGGGGCAGCCCGGCCAGCCCGGCUACCCGCAGGGCGACCCGCAGGCGCAGGGCCCCCAGGGGGGCAUGCUGGGGGCGCCCCAGGAGCCGCACCCCCACGCCAUGGCCCCCCACACGCCGCACGCGCCGCACACCCCCCACCCCAACCCUUUCCACGCUCAAGGGGGCCUGUGAGGGGCUGGGUGUCGCCGGCAGCACCGGCAGGCCGACAUCAAGACGUCUCCCUCGCUGCGGGGGACUGCCGCACCGGCCGCACCCAGGCCGCCCGGCCUCCGCCCGGCCUCCCGGAACCCCGCUUCAGCUGGAAGUCUUCUUGGGCCCGGAACUCCAGUGCCCGAUGACGUUCCAGAGGGAAAAUAGAACUUUGCCGACGCCUGAGAGGCAGGCUCAGAACUGGAUCACCGUCACUCUGAUGCGUAAGCCUCGAAUGGAACAUGACUGGAAGGGACUUCUCACAGAGUCGUGGUUUCGACCUAUGAUGCCAUCAGAAAAGGGCGGGUAGCCGCUCAUGCCAGGCCAUAGAGUGAUGGGAGUUCCCUGCGAAAUGAAUUCAAGAAGACUUCCAGCAAAACACAACAAACUCUGUGAUCUUGUUAAUUGCUGUGGUUGACUAUAUGAGUAUGUGUUCAUGAUCAUGUGCUGGGAGCGAAAGCCAGAGAUCUCUGUAAAUCAUCAUGUCCAUUUACACAAAUAUUUAAGACUUGACUAUCAGAUGAGGGGGUGUACAUAAGUAAAGUUUUAUAAGCGCUCUUUCAAGUGCUUGGUGGUUGAAAAGUAGUCUGCAGUUUUCUCUAGGUCCGAAUUGCAAAAGGUGAUUAUUUUUAUCAGCCAUCAUGGCUAGCUCAAUUUAGAUGUGAAUGGCUUUUUUUCUGUAAUUUUCCAUUGUUAAAAAAAUACGUCACCUACUGUCAUCGGUUGUUCUCUGCAGGCUGCUAUUUAAACUUAGUUUAUUACUUAACUCCCAAUGUAGGAAGAUACAAUAAAGCAGUCAAUUCUGAUGUAUGUGCUCACGCUGUAUUGUUAAGUUUCUUCCUUCUUUAACUGAUCAACCUCCAAGUUUCAACCUCCAAGUUGUGGAAUUAAUGAAAGCAAUAUGGGAGUGUACAUUUCAAACUUUUCAAUGCAAACUGCUUUUUAUCACAAGAUGUUUGAGGGGUCUUUGAAUCUAAGAAAAAAAGUUAAAUUAUAUUAUAAAAUCAAAUGUAAAUAGUGAAGCAAAUUUUGUACGAGUGGUAAAGAAAAUGACAAUUUAUGAAACGUCUGCACUGUAAAGUCCCAUGGGCAGCAAUCAAAAGGUUUGUGAUAUUGAUAUAAAAUUGUUUAUUUGUUUUAGUGCUGUAAAAUUGUAAGCAUUUACUUUGAUAAAUUUUUUGUUGCCUGUAUCAAUAGAUUUUUAUGAGCAAAUAGUACUGGAGGUAAGCCCACUCAGGGGUUCCUUAGCCAUGGCUUUAGAUAUUUUAAAUAAUUUGAUAUUGAGGUGACAUGGUAAAAUUGACUCGCCCUCACUUCCAGCAUGUUACAGUAUAGCUCUUAUUUAUAGCCUAAAAAGGUUUAACAAACACUCCAUAUUUUCAAGGCUUACUUUGUAUAAAUCUGGUAUGUUUUUAUAGUAUUAUUUUAUCUGUGAUUUUUGAGUGCAGAACUUGCACUUAAAAUAAAUAAAACUUCUGCUGAA